AUGAAUUGUCGUAAGAAAAUUGAAAUAAGUAUUUGGCAAUUGGUUUUCAUAAUAUUUCUAAGUAUUAUUUGUAUUGUUCUUGCCCUAACUGGAUGGUUUCGUACGAUAGAUCCAGUUGGAUAUCGAAAUUUGACUAAAAUUAAUAACGUUACAAGAAUUUUUAAUGAAAAUAAACGAUUAUUAGCAUCAUUUUUGGAUGAUAUUGGUUCACCACCUAAACUUAAUAAUCCGCAGUCAUAUGUACAAUGGACAGUCCUACAAAUGAAUGAUGUUUAUGAAUUAAUACCAUUAGGUGGUGGUACGAAAGGUGGUUUAGCUCGUGUCGCAACAAUUCGACAAUUACUUUUAAAAGAAAAUCCAAAUACAAUUACAAUUUUAUCCGGUGAUAUUGUUAGUCCCUCAGCUUUAGGUAAUAGUAUAGUAAAUGGAUCAAUGUUAAAUGGUAAACAGAUGAUUGCUACAUUAAAUGUCCUUGGUCUUGAUUAUGCUACAUUAGGUAAUCAUGAAUUUGAUUUAAAAGUUGAAUCAUUACGACGUCGUUUAAAUGAAUCUCGAUUUCAAUGGAUAGCAUCGAAUGUUUAUGAACGUAAUACAACAAAAACAUUUCAUAAUGUUUUACCAUAUAAAAUUAUAACUAUGAAAAAUAUAAAAAUUCUUCUUAUUGGUUUAACAAUUGAUGAUAAUAUGGGACCACCAACAGCUGAACGUUAUGUUACAAUAACACCUCAACGAGGUUUACCAGAAUUUACACAUCAACUUUUAAAACAUCUUCGUGAGAAUUUAAAUUUAAAAUGGGAUAUCAUAAUAUGUUUAACACAUUUAAAUAUGCAAAAUGAUAUUGAAAUAGUUGAACAUAAUCCAUCGAUUGAUGUACUUAUGGGUGGACAUGAACAUGAAAAUUAUUAUUUAAAACGUGGAUCAAAACAUACUCCAAUAUAUAAAGCAGAUGAUAAUGCAUUCUCGGUAUUUAUUCAUCGUUUUGCCUAUCAACCAAAAACAAAACAAUUAUUAAUUUUUUCUAAAUUAACACAAGUAUCAAGACGUUUUAAAGAUGAACCUGAAACAGCUAAAAUAGCAGAUUAUUUCUAUCAAGCUGGUUUACAAGCAUAUAGAGUUGCUGGUUAUGUACCGGAACAUGUAGUUUGUGUUUUACCAGCCGGACUUAAUUUUGAUGGUCGUUCAGCAGUAAUACGUUCUCAACAAACACACUUAACACGUGCAUUAUGUAAGGCAAUGAUGGAUGCAGUUCAUACAUCAAUAUGUGUAUUUAAUGCAGGUGCUAUUCGUCUUGAUGAUCAAUUAAUGGGUACAAUAACUCAAUAUGAUAUAUUACGUUGUUUACCAUUUCUAACUAAUAUAACAUCAGUACGUGUUGAUGGUAUAACAUUAGUUAAAGCUUUAAAUCGUGGUUUACAUAAUAUAAAUACUGGCAUGUUUGUAACCUAUAGUGGUUUAGAAUAUGAUGCGACUCUAGAAAAAUGGUUUCUUCUUUCACCACGACAACCACUUGAAGAUGAAAAUUUAAUAUUAACAAUUGCUUCUAUACCUUAUUUCAUACAGAAUACGGAAUUAAGAAAUGCAUCAGAAGCAACACCUACAAAUAUAACAAUGACACGAGCUUUUAUUGAUUAUCUUGAGAAAAAUUAUGCAAAAAUAACACAUCAUAAAUUACCAUAA